AUGCAUUUAGCUCGGGGUGUUGUGUUUUCGUUGCUGGUGGCCACUGGUCUAGCCCUUCCUGGUAGCGAGGGUAGUAAACACCAUGCGAACAAGGCACGCAGUGCAGGUUAUGCUCUGAAGGAGCCUCCUUUGACCACACCGUGGACAGACAAGGUCGGCACUGAGCCUUGGCCUGAAUAUCCUCGUCCGCUGUUACAACGGUCUGAAUGGAAGAAUCUUAAUGGCGUGUGGAAAUACCAGAAUGCUUCCGGUCUGAAUGCAGUUCAGAAUCCACCCUUUGGACAGGAACUUGCACAGGAUGUGUUGAUCCCAUCGUGUCUUGAGAGCGGAUUGUCUGGAGUCCAAUCUGAUUGGGCUUUAUACUCGUGGUUCUCUACCUCUUUCGAGGUAUCUUCCUCCUGGAAGGGCGAGCAGGUGCUUCUCAACUUUGGCGCCGUAGACUAUGAAGCCACAGUAUUUGUCAACGGUAAAAGGGCAGGUUUCCACCGUGGUGGAUACUUCCGCUUUGCUUUGGAUGUUACAGAGCACCUGGUGUUUGACAAGCAAAAUGAACUGCUUGUCUUCGUUCAUGAUCCCACAGAUGAUGGUGACUAUGUAAUUCCCAUUGGAAAGCAGACUCUUAGGCCAAGUCACAUCUUUUACACGCCGUGCAGUGGCAUCUGGCAAACUGUUUGGCUAGAAGCUGCCCCUGCAAACCAUAUUACGCAGUUGGAUAUCGACGGUAACAUGGACGGACAAGUCAACAUAACUGUGCACAGCUCAGCAAAGGAUGCUUCCGCUGAAGCGGAGGUUACGGUGCACAAAGAUGGGAAGGUCCUUGCCACUCACAAUGGUCCGACCAAUAAGCCCUUCCAAUUCACUGUGCCUUCGCCUAAGCUCUGGUCUCCUGACUCACCUAACUUGUACAAUGUGACCGUCAAGUUGGACAAAGAUGAAGUGGAGAGCUACACCGGCUUCCGCACAAUUUCCCGCGGCAAGAUUGAUGGUAUUGAGCGGCCCCUGCUGAAUGGAGAAUUCAUCUUCAUGUUUGGCACCCUGGAUCAGGGCUACUGGCCAGAUGGAUUGUAUACUCCUCCAACCCGUGAAGCAAUGGUGUAUGAUCUCCAGGUGCUUAAGAAGCUGGGUUUCAACAUGGUCCGCAAGCAUAUCAAAGUCGAGCCCGAGCUGUUCUACCAGGCAUGUGAUGAGCUCGGUCUCCUUGUAAUCCAGGAUAUGCCAUCAUUGCGGCCGUCACAAUCCAAGACCGUGGAAAACUGCAGAUCGGUCCCCAUUCUUCCGGACGAGAAGCAACAAGCAGAGUUUGCCCGGCAGUUGGACGUCCUGGUUAACCAGUUCAAGAGUUUUCCCAGUAUUGCCACAUGGGUCAUAUACAACGAGGGCUGGGGCCAGAUCACAAACUACUAUCCCGAGUUCGAACUGACCGAUCGAGUCAGACAGCUGGACCCUACUCGUCUUGUGGACUCAACUACUGGCUGGCACGAUCACGGUGCUGGAGACUUUAGCGACAACCACCACUAUGCAAACCCACAAUGUGGCACGCCAUUCUACUCCGCAGACUCGAGUCCCUUUGAUCCUAGCCGCAUUGGGUUCCAGGGUGAAUUUGGUGGCAUUGGAAAUAACGUCUCCAUUGAACAUCUCUGGAAGAACCAGGCUGCCAUUGACAGCAUCAACAGAACCUAUGAAAUUGACACUACCAUCGAGGCCUGGAACUAUCGUAGUCACAUUCUCCUUGGCGAGCUUGAAGACCAGAUCCGUCUCUUCUCAUGCAGUGGGGGAGUCUGGACCCAGACUACCGAUGUCGAGGGCGAGGUCAACGGCCUCAUCACCUAUGACCGGCGAUUGGCUAGAACCGACGAGAAGCAGUGGCAGGCGGAUAUUAAGGCACUUUACGAUGCCGCCGCAGCACGUAGCAAUGCGACCACGGCAAUCUUGUAG